GCGGCCAACAUCUGGUUUAAUCAAAAUGUGGAGGAAAUAAGCUCAAAACACAUACGGACACACACAUACACAUGCUUUCUCUACUUUCUCUCUCUGACCAUUUUCUCUCAUCGGCGACUGAGUUUUUUGGGGGAGAUUUGCCGUCAUUUUGCGUCUCCGGUUACCUUCUCUUUACCACCGUUGUUGGUUACUCUUCUAAACUACGGAUUCAUUGUUACAUGGAUCCAAGACUACCGAAUUUUGCGAGAGGUGGUCGAUUUGGGGUGGGUUUCGCCGCUGGUGCAAAAUGUUUCAUUUGCAUUUCUGAAUCUUCCUCGUAGAAGACCUAAUGCUGUUCUCCGAUAUAGAUAUACAUAGAGGGAGAAAGAUAGCAAGGGAGGUACGUAACAAUGGCGCAAUCAUUGGAGCUUCUGAUACUUCAAUUCUUGAUGCCGGACGAUGAUGCGCGGCGGCAAGCGGAGGACCAAAUCAAGCGGAUGGUUAGGGAUCCAACGGUGGUUCCCGUACUUAUCGACCAUAUACGUACUGCAAAGACUCCUAAUGUCCGACAGCUAUCUGCCGUUCUCCUCCGUAAGAAGAUCAAAGGUCAUUGGCCCAAUCUUCUGCCUGAACUUCGCCAGCUCGUCAUGCAAUCUCUCAUUGAAAGCAUCGCAACGGAAAACAGUUCAUCUGUGAGACGAGCUAGUGCAAAUGCAGCAAGUAUCAUUGCAAAGUAUACAGUUCCACAUGGGCAAUGGCCAGACCUUCUUCCCUUUAUAUUCUAUUGUAGUCAAAGUGCACAAGAAGAUCAUAGAGAGGUGGCAUUGAUGUUGUUCAGCUCCUUAACAGAGACACUUGGGGAUUCAUUUCGACCAUAUUUUGCAGAUUUUCAAUUACUUCUACUCAAAUGCCUACAUGAUAAGAUGAGAAGUGUUAGAGUUGCUGCCCUCAAGGCAGUUGGAGCUUUUCUUGAGGCCACUCACGAUGAAUCUCAAGUGGUUAAAUUUUGCGAAUUUAUCCCAAGCAUAUUGCAUGUCUCAAGACAAUACCUUGCUUCUGGAGAAGAAGACAUUGCCAUAAUUGCUUUCGAAAUAUUUGAUGAUUUGAUUGAAUUUCCAGCACCCCUUCUUGGAGAAUCAAUGAAAGCCAUAGUUCACUUCUCUCUUGAGGUUUGCUCAAAUUCAAAAUUGGAAUCCACCACUCGUUAUCAGGCAAUUCAAAUUAUUUCAUGGCUUGCAAAAUAUCAAUCCACUUCUCUUAAGGACCAGGAUUUGAUAGUUCCAAUCCUCCAUAUUAUGUGCCCCAUGCUUACAGAAGCAACGAAUAGUGAUGAAAAUGAUGAUAUGUCACCAGAUCGAGCUGUUGCAGAAGUUCUUGAUACUAUGUCUGUGAAGUUAUCAAACCAUGUUUUUCCAUUUGCUUUUGAGUUUGCUUCUGAAAGCAGUCAGAGUGUUGAUCUAAAGUUCCGAGAAGCUUCUAUGAUGCUUUUGGGGUUGAUCACAGAGGGUUGUUUGGAGUUGAUAAAAGGAAAGCUUGAACCCAUUUUGUAUAUUGUCUUUGGGGCUUUAAGAGAUCCUGAAGAGAUUGUAAGAGGAGCUGCUUCUUUCGCGUUAGGUCAAUUUGUCGAGUAUCUUCAGCCUGAAAUUAUAUCUCGUUACGAAACCGUUCUCCCUCAUAUAUUCAGGUCCUUACAAGACGCAUCUGAUGAUGUGAAGGAGAAAUCAUACUAUGCAUUGGCAUCAUUUUGUGAGAACAUGGGUGAAGAAAUCAUCCUGUUUAUUGAUCCUCUGAUGGGGAAACUACUUGUUGCUCUCCAAAAUAGCCCAAAAAAGUUACACGAAACAUGUUUGUCUGCGAUUAGUUCAGUUGCAUCUGCUACCCAGAAAGCAUUUCUCCCCUAUGUUGAAAGGGUUUUGGAACUGAUGAAAACUUUCAUGGUGCUUACAAAUGAAGAGGACCUGUGUUCACGAGCAAGGGCUACUGAAUUGGUGGGGAUAGUUGCAAUGAUUGCAGGAAAGGACAAAAUGGAAUCGGUUUUACCAUUUUUUAUUGAAGCUGCAAUUUCCGGGUAUGGGCUGGAGUGCAGUACACUUCGUGAGUAUACUCAUGGGUUUUUUAGCAUCGUGGCAGAAAUUUUGGAAGAUGGAAUGGUUCAGUAUCUUCCAUAUGUUGUACCUUUGGCAUUCUCUUCUUGCAAUCUUGAUGAUGGAUUUGCUGAUAAAGUUGAUGAUUCUGAUGAGGAUGAAGAUCUUAUUGGAUUUGAUACAGUUUCUUCUGAUGAUGAAUCCCAAGAUGAACCAAGAGUACAAAAUAUCAAUAUAAGAACUGGUGUUUUGGAUGAAAAGGCUGCUGCAACUCAAGCCCUUGGUCUACUUGCCUUUCAUACAAAGAAUGCCUAUGACCCAUAUUUGGAAGAGACCCUGAAGAUUAUGGUGAAGCAUUCCAUCUACUUCCAUGAAAAUGUCCGACUUCAGGCCAUGACUGGUUUGAAACAUACUCUAACAGCUGCUCAUGCAUGCUUACAAUGUCAUGAUGAUGGGGAAUCACAGACAAAACAAAUUCUUGAUUCUAUAAUGAAAAUUUACAUCAAGACGAUGAAUGAAGAUGAUGACAAGGAUGUGGUUGCUCAAGCUUGCAUGAGUGUAGCACAUAUCACCAAGGAUUUUGGAUAUGUUGCAGUUGAAUCUCACAUGCAUCAGCUUGUGGAGUCAACUCUGGCAUUGCUGUGGCAAAACUCAGUAUGUCAGAAAGUAAAAUCUGGCAUUGAUAUCGAAGAUGAUGAUCAUGGACAUAGUGAAAUGCUCUUGGAUGCUAUUACAGAUCUUCUUCCUACUUUUUCCAAGGCCAUGGGUUCCGACUUUGCACCUUUCUUUGAACCUCUGUUUGAUCCACUAAUGGAUUUAUUGAAAGAAUCAUACUCACCACAAGAUAGGACAAUCGUGGUUGCAUGUCUGGCUGAAGUUGCUCAGCAUAUGGGCACUACAUUUUCUACCUAUGUAAAUACGUUGAUGCCAUUGGUACUUAGAGAAUUAGAUUCACCAUCAGCAACCAAUAGGAGGAAUGCUGCAUUUUGUGUUGGAGAAAUGUGCAAGAAUGGUGGCGAAUAUGGUCUUAAAUACUUGGAUGAUGUGUUGCCAUGCCUCUUUCUAUUGUUUGAAGAAUCUGAGAAAGACCAUGCAGUAAGGGACAAUGCAGCAGGUGCAGUUGCAAAGAUUAUUAUGGCCCACCAAAACUCCGUCCCACUAUAUCGGGUCCUCCCUAUACUCCUCAAAGUUCUUCCUUUAAAAAAAGAUUAUGAGGAAUCCAUCCCUGUUUAUAACUGCAUUUGCAACCUUAUUUUCUCAUCCAACCAACAGAUCCUUGAGCUAGUUCCAGAUUUGGUUAUGGUAUUUGCAGAAGCAGCCAUGUCACCACUCGAAACACGUGAAGUUAAAAUUCAAAUAGGAGGGGCUCUCUCUCACUUAUUAUCACUUUUUGGUAGAGAAAUGCAUCCAAUCUUGAGAAACCUCCCACCAACAUAUGCACGUGCAUUAGCUGCUAUUUUACCAAAAAGUUUUUGGCCAUCACUCUCAUAGGAUAACCAUCAUUUUAGACCGGGUAAACAGUUUGCAAACUAGUUUCUCAUAGUUGUGUUCAUAGCAUUAAGUUUCCCACAAACCACCCUGUGAUUAAAAACAUCUUGUAGUGUAACCAUGAUGAAAGAAAGAAAAACUGUAAGUAUGAAUUGGUAAAUGAAUGAAAGUUGUGCAAAUGAUAAAUCAUCUUGCAAUAAUGAUCCAUUGACUAGUACUAUAUUGAUUGCUAGAUGCAGGUUUUGGUGUACAACUUUGAAACAUCACCAUUUUCCAACAGAGCCAUAUGUUUCUUCUCUUCCCUCGUUUGGUGAAAGGUCCUUCAUUUCAACUAUGAAGUCCUCAAUUUCGAUUUCAUAUUUGGAUGCGAAGUAGAAUUUGGAGCGUUCCAAAAAGUUGGAGAUCCAACUACAAGAAAACAAAUAGGCCGAUAUAACAUUUCUUUAGUGUAUUUCAAAUCUAUUUUUAUAUAGGGUACCAAAGAAAUCUUGAUUUGAAUUGUCAUUUUUUACUAAUUCUCUUUCUUUAUCCGGAAGACCUAGAAUUUUAACCUUGUGUCUAGACGAUCGGGCCAAUGGACUGUCUAAGGUAGACAGUUUCUAUGGGGUGUAGGCCUCUCCAAAA